GCAAUUAGAGAGCGUCUGGUGUGUUUUCAAAUGACACAAUUAUCUUCGACACCUUAUCACUCAAUCAAUUCAAUAAUCAAACUUGACGCAAUAAUUCGCCUCUUUCCAAACGACCGCUUUAGCUCUGAUAACACACUUUUCCUCCAGAUUUUUUCACAAAUUCGUUAAACCAAAAAUUUGCUCUUAUUAUUAUUUAUGUGUGUCAAUGCCGUUUGAAUCUCAUUUUCUAUAUCAUUCCGACCGGUUGCAUCUGACCUUAACCCGCCAAGAAAGUGGCAGGAAAUUCGCACUUUUAUCCGACUUGUUAUAAGAUUAGAAGAUUUCUUGAUAAAAUAAAUAUCUUCAAAUCAAUUGCCAAACCGCGAUUACUUACUUACUUACUUACUUCACAAGUGAUUGAAAUGGCAGGCGGUUCGAAAACACAGAAAAUGAGGCGACUUGUUAAUGCCCUUACUAGGAAAAAAACUCUGGAUAAUUCAGGUGGCAGUGAACUUGCUCGAGUCCUGUCCUUACUCGACUUAUCUGCACUUGGAGUUGGAUCCACUUUGGGUCUGGGAGUUUACGUUUUAGCAGGAUCUGUGGCAAGGAAGAUUGCAGGACCUGCUGUGUGUAUUUCCUUUCUGAUUGCUGCAGUAGCCUCAGGUGUCGCAGGAUUGUGUUAUGCAGAAUUUGCUGCUCGAGUCCCUAAGGCAGGUUCUGCUUACGUCUACAGUUACGUUUCAGUAGGUGAAGUUGUCGCAUAUGUAAUUGGAUGGAAUUUAAUCUUGGAAUAUGCCAUAGGAACCGCAAGUGUAGCUAGAGGUCUAAGCGGUUACAUAGACGCUCUUGCCAAUCAAGAUAUAAAGAAUUUUAUGGAAAGUUGGGCAAAAAUGGACGUUGGAUUUUUAGCAUCGUAUCCCGAUUUUCUAGCGUUUGGAUUUGUUGUUCUUCUCACAGCUCUACUUUCAAUCGGCGUGAAAGAAUCUUCUCGCCUCAACAACAUAUUCACUGGCCUAAACUUGAUCACUGUGGGCAUCGUUAUAGUAUCUGGAGCCAUCAAAGCCGACUCAUCCAACUGGAACAAAAAACUCGAAGACAUUCCAGACAAAUUUAGAGAAGAUGCCGGAACUGGUGGUUUUAUGCCUUUUGGAGUCUCUGGAAUGAUGGAAGGCGCAGCUCAAUGUUUCUACGGUUUCGUGGGUUUCGACGCUGUUGCCACAACCGGCGAAGAGGCGAAAAACCCUCAGAGAAACAUUCCUCUAGCCAUUGUCAUCUCCCUUCUUGUGAUUUUCUUGGCUUAUUUCGGCAUUUCGACAGUUUUGACAAUGAUGUGGCCCUAUUACGACCAAGACCCAACUGCUCCUUUUCCCUAUGUUUUCGACCAAUUGGGUUGGCCUGCCAUUAAGUGGAUUGUAACAAUUGGGGCAGUUAUUGCCCUUUGUACGAGUCUCCUUGGUGCGUUGUUUCCUCUUCCUAGGAUUAUCUAUGCUAUGUCGAAUGAUGGGUUAAUUUUCAAAUUUUUGGCCAAAAUUAAUCCAAAAACUAAAACUCCAAUUAUUGCAACUGUUCUCUCCGGAAUUCUAGUAGGUGCAAUGGCUAUACUUUUCGAUACUGACCAAUUGAUUAGUAUGAUGUCAAUUGGGACUCUUCUUGCCUACACUAUCGUUGCAGUUUGUGUUCUAAUACUGCGGUACCAACCCACAGAAACGCAAUACCCUAAUCUCGAACUUAAGCAAAACCUUGAAGACAGUUAUACGUUAUUUGGAAUGUUUAAACAACUCUUCAACUUGAACAUGACCAAGUAUGCCAGUUCAAGCUCCGCCAAAAUCACAAAUUGGAGUAUAAUCCUGUUUGCUGUUUUCACAGCUGCCUUCGAUGCUUUCAUUAUUUAUGCCAUUGAUGUUCUCGAUAAACCUUACUACAUGACACUUUUUAUCGUUGUUACGUUAGUUAUGUUGACUCUUGUUGUGAUUAUUGCAAGACAACCGGUCGACGAAGUUAAACUCUCGUUUAAAGUUCCUUGGGUGCCUUUUGUUCCUUGUUUGAGUAUCAUCAUUAAUUUGUAUCUUAUGUUGGAGUUGGAUAAGGAUACUUGGAUACGAUUUGGUGUCUGGUUGUUUAUUGGUUUUCUUAUUUAUUUCUUCUAUGGAAUUGAGAAUAGUGAGGAAAGAAAACUCAGGAAGUUACAAGCGCAAUCAAACGAAACAAAUAAGCAAAUUACAAAAUUUUAAGAAAUUUUAACACAGUUGCUGCUAUUGUGAUACAUUUAUUUUAAUUUAUGUAACUUUGUAUAUUGCCUAUUUAUUACAGUUUGAAAAUUGUUACUGUCAUCAUCGUUGUAGAUUUUUAUACAGAAUGAAAACAAAGCUUUAAAAAUAAAGUGUAUAAGGUACA